GGUUCUCUUUCUCCAGCAGGGGCUGCCCUCGGAGAAAGAGGCGGAUCCGCUGCUCCGUCACCGCCGCCUCCCCCGGAGAUCCUCGCUGGGGUCUUGCGCCUUGGCGAAAGGAGGAGGUGGGGAAAAGCGAGCGGGGAGUCCUGCUGGGCGGCCAGACGAAGCAGGGCGGAGCCGUGCGCGGGCCAUGGAGCGCUGGAAGGGCCGGGUGGCGCUGGUGACGGGCGCCUCGGUAGGCAUCGGGGCGGCCGUGUCGCGGGCGCUGGUGCAGCACGGCCUGAAGGUGGUCGGCUGCGCCCGGAGCGUGGACAAGAUCGAGAAAUUGGCAGCAGAGUGUCAGAGUGCAGGCUAUCCAGGCAUCCUUAUUCCAUACAAGUGUGACCUCUCCGUUGAAGAGGAGAUUCUCUCCAUGUUCUCCGCCAUCAAGACCCUCCACCAGGGAGUUGACGUCUGCAUCAACAAUGCUGGUUUGGCACGGCCGGAGCCCUUGUUGUCUGGCAAGACGGAAGGUUGGAGGACGAUGAUCGAUGUGAAUGUGAUGGCAGUGAGCAUCUGCACCCGGGAAGCUUACCAGUCCAUGAAGGAGCGAAACAUUGAUGAUGGCCACAUCAUUAACAUUAACAGUAUGAAUGGCCACAGUGUGGUCCCUCAGUCCGUAGUGCAUUUUUACAGUGCCACAAAAUACGCUGUCACGGCAUUGACCGAAGGGCUGCGGCAAGAACUCAGGGAGGCGAAGACACACAUACGCGCCACGUGCAUAUCUCCGGGACUGGUAGAAACCGGCUUUGCUUUUAAACUCCACGAUAAUGAUCCAGAGAGAGCAGCAGCGACGUAUGAGACCAUUCGGUGUCUAAAAGCCGAAGAUAUGGCCAACGCUGUUAUCUACGUUCUCAGCGCUCCACCUCAUGUACAGAUCGGCGAUAUUCAGAUGAGGCCUACCGAGCAGGUAUCGUAGCAAACGGAAGAGGAUUUGCUCUUGCUGCAGGGGGGGCAAGGGACGCCCUUCAUCUACACAGGGCUUUCUUUCUGUUGGCCGGUGACUUUUUAAGGGCCUGAAUAGGAAGAGUUAAUAUUCCCUCCCUUCCCUGUCUAUUAUUCUCCUCUUUGCGGCUGACGUCGGCUCAGCAGAAACUCAGAAUGGAAAGCUGCUGUUGAUUGUGGGACAUCUCCGCCAUGUUCCACUCCUUAAAUUCUCAUAUAUUACCUCACCGGCUUCAGGAAGGGGUGCUUAAGAUGUCUGAAAUGGGCCUAGCCAGUGGCUGAUGAGUGACUUGCCAACUUCCCUGUGCUGUUGAGUCGCCGUCAACAUCACACCUUUGUACGUGGACUGUUCCUUCCUUCCUUGUUGCUCUACGUUAGGCAAGCCAUCCCAAAUACUCGAAACGAUGACCGUCUGUUUUCUGGCUCUCUCUCCUGUCUGUUCACUACAAGCAGCACAAAACAAUUCCCUUUCAGAACUCCGGGCACUGAGGAUUUGCCUUAACAUCCGUCCAACUAGAAAGAAGCUGAGCCAAGAGUAACCAUGUCCGCCUCGGAGCGGAUCUCUGCAUCAACCAUCAUAUUGGUUUUUCCACCAGUUUUGCUGUUGUGACUUCCCUCCUGAAACAGAAUCCCAGGAAUUGUCGUUUGAUGAAGGUGGUAAGGGUGCCAUUAGAGAUGCCUAACCCUUCCUCGCUCACAACACUACACUUCCCAGAGUUCCUUGGGAAGAGAGGGAUGACUAUUAAACCAAUUGUCUGUAGGGUGGAUACGUCUCUUUCUAGGCCAGCCUUUGCCGACGUGGUGCCCUCCAGCUGUUUGGGACUUCAACUGCCAUCAGCUGUAGCCUGCAAAGCAGGUGGAGGGCACCAGAUUGGUGAAGGUGUUCUAGCUGGCCAAUCAGUGGGCAUCCCUACUGUGUUUUAUCAACUGCAUAAUAUAGUACUUUAAUUGGUUAAUAUAUAUUCAGUUUGUAUCAAUUUUGGGGGUGUGGGGAGCAAUCACAUUUUUAUGGGGUGUGUGCAUGCGUGUGUGUAGAGGGAGGGAAUCGUAUUUUUAAAAAACCAAACUGCGGCAUGGUUGUACACUCCAGCGCAGGAGAGGAAGAGUGCACAAUCAGAUGGAGAGGACUCUUCCAGCUGUUUGGUUUGGCUAAUCUUGAAGAGCAGUGUUGGAGAUGGGCAGUUGGCAGUUGCCUUGGAUCCUUUGGAGCGCUAGAUGAGAGCUCCUAUGCCGAAGCUGUGAAGAGGUAGAGCAUUCAACAAUAAAUGGUAGUACUACUACUAAAUGUUACCAAUUCCCAGCGGGGUAGCCCUGUUUGUUGUUUUGGCUUCAACAGGCUAGGAGCGUGGAAGCCGUCUUCUGCAGAGUCAGAACGAUUGGUCCAUCUAGCUCAGUAUUGUUUACACUGGCUGGCAGCAGCUCUCCGGGUUUUGGGCAGAGGAGCUUUGCCAGCCGUACCUGCAGAUGUUGGGGAUUGAACCUUGGACCUUCUGCGUGCCACGCAGAUGCUCUUACCACUGAGCUACACCCUGUCCCAUUUUUCUGAGGAUGGACAAAGCAGGUCCCUCUUUGGCGUGACCCUGACUCACAAAUGGAACAUAGGAAGCUGCCUUACACUGAGUCAGACCAUUGGCCCAUCUAGCUCAGUAUUGUCUACACUGACUGGCAGUGGCUGUCCAGUGUUUCAGGCAGAGGGUCUUUCCCUAGCCCUACAGGGAUUAAAUCUGGGACCCUCCCCAAGAAAAGAAGAUGCUCCACCAAUGAGCUAUGGCCCUGCCCCUAAUAUAUACAUUAAACUGGAAUCGAUUGGUUGAACUCAAGGAUAGCCAACAGUCGACAUUGGACUUCAAGUCCCAUCAGCCCCAGUGAACACAGGCAAAGGCCAGGGAUGAUGGGAGUUGUAGUCCAACAACGUCUGGAGGGCAUCACAUUGACAUUUCCUGGUUCAACCGAUGGAAAGGAAGUCAGUUAGGUUUAAUCUAAAGGUAUUUAUUAGGGAGUAAAUCCCAUUGAACACAAUGAGACGUCCUUGUAAGUAAACAAGCACAGGCUAGCUCUGUUACAGUUCCAAAUUCUAUUCUGAGCGUUUCAUUUUGCAGCACUGCUUUGCUCUCUUCACGUGACCCUGGCGGUCAUAUUUUAAACACAGCCUUCCUCCAGACCUCUCUGAUGUGUUCUACAGGGCUUAACACUUUUAUAAUUUUUUAUGUGCAGUCUGUCUCCUGUUGUCGAUUGCCUUUGUGCAAAUCGUUUGGAGAGUGAUUUUCCUAAGCCAAGCUCUGGGCUAGCGUUCUGCCUCUCUUGUUUGCCUCUCCCCUUAGGUGGGUGCACUUUGAACCUGCCCAACAGAACAAUGGGAUUUCAGCACUGCUAUGAAAAUUAAAAAUAACGGAAGAAUGGUGUGUUCUUCAAAAUCCCUCAAGUGGCGAGUGCCUGACAGUGAUGGGGGGAAAAUGAUAUAACUUAUCAAGAUGUUUCUUAACUGUGAGUUCUAAAAUAAAAGCAAA